AGACGGCUGCGUAAUCACAUUGCGGCACCGUUUUUUCCUUGCAGCAGCUGCUGCUUGCGGAGGCGAUCUGCCCACUGCGGCUCUCUGCAGUCUCUAGCUCGCUCCUGCAGGACCGGUCACGGAGGCCGUCGCCGCUCUCUGCACCCCAGCCCAGCCACCGCUGCCUCUGUGCCGUUUUUAUAUCCUCAGCACAGCCUUCGUCCCUGCAGCAGCCUCGACUGUCGCUCCAGGCUCCCACAACCCGACCGCUACCGCUCGUUCCACCUCUGCCCCAGCCACCGCCGCUUCUGAUAUUCCGGUGAGUCUUCCCUUGCGGAGGUCAGGUCUCCCGAUCUUGGCGGUAGCCACCUUAGGCUUGUGAGGUCCUUUGAAAAAUGGCCGAGUCAGCCGACCACAAGGAACUGUUAGAAUCCACUCAAGAAGAGGCUGGUGAUAAGGUAAUGAUGGAAGGGCCCGGGGAACAGCUGGAGCGCGGUGAAGAUGCCGCAGCCGGGCCUGGAGAUGAUGGGGAGCGCGGUGAAGAAGCCGCCGCUGGGCCUGGGGAAGGCGGGGAAAAAGGUGAAGAUACUGAUGAGGACUCAGACGCAGACCGUCCUAAAGGACUUAUCGGUUAUCUUUUAGAUACAGACUUUGUUGAAAGUCUACCUGUGAAAGUUAAAUACCGUGUGUUAGCCCUCAAAAAGCUUCAAACUAGAGUGGCCAACCUAGAAUCCAAAUUCCUGAGAGAGUUUCAUGGCAUUGAAAGAAAGUUUGCUGAAAUGUAUCAACCUUUAUUGGAAAAAAGACGUCAGAUAAUCAAUGCAAUUUAUGAACCUACAAAAGAGGAAUGUGAAUAUAAAUCAGAUUCAGAAGACUGUGAUGAUGAUGAGAUGUAUGAUGAGGAAGAGCUGUAUGGUAAUGAGGAGGGUCUCCUACAUGAGUACAUGGAUGAGGAUGACGGUUGUGAAGAAGACUAUUAUGAUUAUGUUAUUGAGGAGAAUGAUGAGGAUGAUGAUGACGCUGCUGCUGCUGCUGAUGAUGAUGACGACGAUGAUGAUGACGACGGCGACGACAACGAGGCUGCCAGAGGUGAAAAUAAAGAAGAGGAUCCUAAAGGAAUUCCUGAUUUUUGGCUGACUGUCUUAAAAAACGUUGACACACUCACUCCUUUGAUUAAGAAAUAUGAUGAGCCUAUUCUGAAGCUCCUGACAGAUAUUAAAGUGAAACUUUCAGAUCCUGGUGAGCCUCUCAGUUUCACACUAGAAUUUCACUUCAAACCAAAUGAAUAUUUCAAAAAUGAUCUGUUGACAAAGACUUAUGUGCUGAAGUCAAGGCUAGCAUAUUAUGAUCCCCAUCCCUAUAGGGGAACCGCGAUUGAGUAUUGCAUAGGCUGUAAGAUAGAUUGGAAUGAAGGAAAGAAUGUCACUUUGAAAACCGUCAAGAAGAAGCAGAAACACCGGAUCUGGGGAACAAUCCGAACUGUGACUGAAGAUUUUCCCAAGGAGUCAUUCUUCAAUUUCUUUACUCCUCAAGGAAUCAACUCGGAUGGAAAGGAUGGAAAUGAUGAUUUUUUACUUGGUCACAAUUUACGUACUUAUAUAAUCCCAAGAUCAGUAUUAUUUUUCUCAGGUGAUGCACUUGAAUCUCAGCAGGAGGGGGUAGUUAGGGAAGUUAAUGAUGAAAUUUAUGACAAAAUUAUUUAUGAUAAUUGGAUGGCUGCAAUUGAGGAGGUUAAAGCCUGUUGCAAAAAUCUUGAGGCAAUAGUAGAAGACAUUGAUCGCUAAAGCAGAGUGUACACAGCCCUGCACUUAACUGACCUAGAUCUAGUUACUCAAGAUAUAAGAAGUUAAUUACAGUGUUGUGUUCUUAAUUUUUCUUGAGGUGUCAGUUAAAACUGACACCUUAGAAAUAUGAAAGUUCGAAUACUAAUUCAUUUGACCUUGCAUUUUAGUAGUAGAAUGUUUUCAAGAAAUAUAGACUGUGGUAAAUAAUUUAAGACAUUACUAUAGUGAUGUGUAGUUUAAUCCUUCUGAAGUCCUUUGGUCAUGUAGGCACUAAACUAUAGCUGUGAAUAUUAUCAGAACUGCUAAAUGAGAUAAAUAUUUAUUCAGAAAGAAAAUCUUGGAGACCCAAGCCAAGGUUCUUUAGCUGUUGUUUGUAUACUGCAUUUGUGUUUUCUUAGUACGUAUUAGCCAGUGGGUUUAAUUUUGUUGUGCAUGCUUCAUUUUGCAGUAAAAAUGCAGAAUUUAAAACUCGAAUGCUUGAGAAAAAGCCUGCAUAUGGUUAAGAAUUUCAGGCAAAACUACAUUUACUGUUAACAACAGCUUGUGUGCAUAGGCUCUUGUAUUUUAUGUGACCAUGAUAAACAAUGAAGCAGUCAUAUUGGUGUUUAUCAGUGAAGUGUUAAUUGCAGUAUUUUCCAAAGAUUGCCACAUAUUAUUCUGUGUAAUUGUAUAAACUGUAAUUACAGUGUAUAGUUUCUCUUUUCCUAUAGUGCAUUUAAUCAUUCAUCGAAAGCAUUACUUUAUCAUUUUGCAAAGAUUUUUAAUGUUCUUUCACCACAAAAU